AUGAAUGAAGAUGAGGUGGGCAAAAACAUUUGCUCAGCAUCUGUAGAGAUGAAAAAAAAGAAAAGUAAGAGCACGUAUAUCUUAAAAAAUAUUUUAUUUAAUAACUUUUCUGAGGAACAACAAAGAAUAAUUGAAAUUCCUAUGAAUGUAAAUUUAUGUAUUAUAGCAUGUCCAGGAUCUGGGAAAACAUCUACAUUAACAGCCAGAAUUAUAAAAAGUAUUAUCGAAGAAAAACAGUCUAUCGUUUGUAUUACAUUUACUAAUUAUGCAGCUAGCGAUUUAAAAGAUAAAAUUAUGAAGAAGAUAAAUUGUUUAAUAGAUAUAUGUGUAGAUAAUAAAAUAAAUCAGAAAUUAUUUAAUAAUAAAAAUAAUAAAAUUAAUUUUAGUUUAAAAAAUAAAUGUACCUUAAAUAAUAAAAUGAAUAAAAGUAUAUUUAAAGUACUUAAUACUGUGAUGUUUAUAGGAACUAUACAUUCUUUUUGUAGAUAUAUCCUUUAUAAGUAUAAAGGAACUUUUAAAAUAUUAACAGAUUUUAUUAACACCAAUAUUAUUAAAUUAGCUUUUAAUAACUUUUACUCUUCUAUGAUGAGCAAGACUAAAGGUACUCAGCCUGGAUUUAGUACUAUCCUUGAAAGGAAGAGUAACAAGGCUAGUACGCAAAAUUGUGACCCUGAUAAAAUUAACACGCAUAAUAAUGAUGAUAAUAUUAAUAAUAAAAAUGAUUAUAUUAAUAAUAAAAAUAAAAAUGAUUAUAAUAAUAUUAAUAAUUAUGAUAAUAUUAAUAAUUAUGAUAAUAUUAAUAAUGAUGAUAAUAUUAAUAAUGAUGAUAAUAUUAAUAAUGAUGAUAAUAUUAAUAAUGAUGAUAAUAUUAAUAAUGAUGAUGAUAUUAAUAAUUGUGGGAAUUGUAACCAACCUAAAGGUAUACCAUCCCAAUUAGCUUAUUUUAUUAAUUGCAUGAAGAACGCAGAAAUAAAAGAAGACGAAGAAAAAGAAUUCUAUGAAGAAGAGCAUGAUAUACAAAAUGAUAUUUUAAACAAUGAUGAUAAUAAUAAUGAUGAGGAUGAUGAUGAUGAUGAUGAGUUUUAUAAUUAUUUAUACAAUUUUAAACAUUCUUAUGAACAAACAAAUGAUUACUUUGCAAAUGAACAAGUACAAAGUGUGUUGAAAAAAAAAAAUAUUAUAUUCUUAAAAAAAAAAAUAAAACUAAUGAAAUAUAUAGAAUUAUAUAAUAUAAAAAUAGAAAUUAAUGAUGUAGAAAAAAUGUUUUAUGAAGAAUAUAAAAAAAUAUUUAAGAAAGCUAAAAAUAUAUAUUAUGAUUUUGAUGAUUUAUUAAUUGAAACUUAUCGUCUUAUGAAAGAUAAUGCAGAUAUAAGAAAUAAAAUCCUAGAAGAAUGGAAUUAUGUAUUUUGUGAUGAAUUUCAAGAUACAAACACAACACAAUUUAAUAUUUUACAAUUUUUUGUUAAUCAUAAUGUUCCUUCUACAUUAGAUCAAUCAAUAUAUACAUCAGGAAAUUUGGAAAAUAAAGAUAUUAAAGAUAAUCAUAAUAUUUCCAUGUCCACAUAUAAAUCUAAACAAUACAGUCACUCUGUUCAAAACUUUUUUAAUGAACAUAAAGUUGAUCAACAACUUUGUGAUCAAAUAUAUUUUGACAAACAUUGUAAUAACAUACUUAUGCAAAAUAAAAACCAACAAGCAACACAUAAACACUCUGAAGAAGAAGAAGAACAAGAAGAAGAAAAAAAAAAAAACAAAAAAACAAAAAAAACAAAUACUUUUAUAAAUCAACAAAAAAUAAAAACACAAACCGUAUUAUCAUAUAAACAAGACGAGAUGAGCUCAUCUGCAUCGUCCACAUAUUCAUAUGUAAAAAUAGAAAAAGAGAAAAAAAAAUACGCUCUUAACAAAAUUGACGAUACUUAUUAUAAUAAAAAAAAUAUAUAUAGUAACAAUGAUGAAAUAUUAGAUAUAGAAAAUGAACAAACCUUUUUUAACAAUAAUUGUAAUGAAAAAAACAAAACAAAAAAAAAAUGUAAUUUAAAAGACCGAAGUCUUACGGUCAUAGGUGAUGAUGAUCAAUCCAUAUAUUCUUUUCGUGGUGCUCAUAUUAAUGUAUUUUAUAAAUUUUUAAAAGAUUGUAAUUGUUUAUUAUUUAAAUUAAAUAAUAAUUUUCGAAGUACAAGAGAAAUUGUUAGAGUUUCUCAAAAUCUUAUUAUUAAUAAUAGAACAUGUAGAAUACAAAAACAACUUUAUACGAAUAAUGUUCAAGGAAAUAAAAUUCAAUUCCAUGCAUUCAAGACACCAUCUGAUGAAAUUUCUUAUAUAUUGUCAGAAAUUAUUUAUUUAAAAAAAAAUUAUAAUUAUAAAUAUGGAGACUUUGUCAUUUUAUGUAGAACUAACAAAACAUUAAAAGAAACAUUAAAGAGUAUACAUAAUGUGGAUAUUAAGAAGAAAGCAUAUAAAUAUUUAAUCAACAAAUUUUUAAAUGAUAAACAAAAUCAUCUCAUAAAACAAAAGGAAUACAAUACAAAAAUUAUACAAAAUAAUAACACAAAUCAUGUAUAUAAAAAUUCACCUAUUGGAAACGAUGAAAUAAAUAUAUAUGAAAAUAAUCAAAAAUAUGAAGAAUAUAUGAAAGAGUUUCAUAAUAUAUUCGAUAUCGAUACUUUUAAAAUACCUAUAAAAGAAUUAAACAAAAAAAAAGCUUUUUUCGGAUCUAAAGAAAUUAUUGAAUUAAUUACAUUUCUUAGGUUUUUAUUAAAUGUAGAUGAUAAUAUCAUAUUUAAAAAAGCUUUUAAAAUAAUAAAAAAUAUGAAAAAUACAAAACAAAUAAUAGAUAAAUUAACAAGCUGUCAAACAAAUCAACAUUUAUCCAAUAUUCUAAUGGAGUAUUCUCAUGAUAUUGUACACAUCAAAACACAACAAAAUAAAAUUCAUAAACACGAACGAAUAAAUAAUGACAAGUUAUCUCUUUUUUCAUGUGUUCAAAGUAUUACGCACUUAUUUAUUUUAAAAAAGAGACAAACAAUAAAUAAAGAAUCAUCAUUACGUGUAUUAAAUAUAUUUACAGAAAAGGAAUUAAAGAGCAUUGUAGAUUUUUUCUUUUGUAUUAAUUAUUUCUUAAAGUUUGCUGCACAUAUUAAUUCUGUCUAUUAUUUAGUAAUAGAAGUUUUAAAAAAAACAAAUUUUCUAAAAAGGUUACAAGCCAAAAUACAGAAGAAAACGGACGAAGAAAAGAAGGAAAACAAUAUUAUGAAUGAAACCAUAUCUCACCAAAGGAAUGAUACCAUGGAAUUACAUGCACCUCAAAAUAAAUGUAGCGAGCAAAUGGAAGGAAACAAUUAUAUCAGCCGUAAUGCACAAGACGAACUGAAAUUAAUAAAUAAAAAGAAAACGGAUGAGCACGAGAAAUUGUGUUCUCAGGAGGUGAUAGAAAAAAGGGUCAAACGGGAUAAUCAAAAUAAAGAAAAUAUAUAUGGUCAUAAUAAAAAUGAGGACAAUAUAUAUGGUCAUAAUAAAAAUGAGGACAAUAUAUAUGGUCAUAAUAAAAAUGAGGACAAUAUAUAUGGUGAUAUUAAAAAUAAAGAAAAUAUAUAUGGUGAUAAAAAAAAUAAGGACAAUAUAUAUGAUGAGGUAUCAUAUACUAAUAAUUUAUCUACAACUGACAAAAGUUAUUCAACAAAUAUUGAAGACAAAAAAGGAAAUAUGAAAAAACGUACCUUUGGAGAAUUUAUAGAAAAGGGUAAGGACACAAAAAAAUAUAUAUCUAGUGAUAAUAAUAAUAAUAAUAAUAAUAAUAAUAGUAAUGAUAGUAAUAAUAAUAAUAGUAAUAAUAGUAGUAACAAUAGUGACAUGCUGGAUGUAAAUAUUGUGAAUGAAAUAAGAAUAAAAAAAGAUCUAGAAUUAUUAUUUAAUAUAGGAGAUAAAGAUUUAAAAUAUAAUGAAAUACAAAAUAUUUUUAUAUUCUUAGAAAUGACAACUGAUUAUAAACCAAAUUUAUUACAACAGUCAUGUUUAGAUUGUUUAUUUUGUUUUCUUAAUGAUUUUAAAAAUAAUGUACAUGAAAAGAUGCUAGUAGAAAAAGUGACCUUAACAACUAUACAUAAAGCAAAAGGAUUAGAAUGGAAAGUUGUUUUUAUUAUAAAUGUAACAGAAGGAGAAAUUCCACAAGCUGUUGAUAGUAAACAAGAUAUUAUUGAAGAAAGGAAAAUUUUUUAUGUGGGAAUUACUAGAGCCAAAUUUUUACUAUAUUUAUUAUGUUCCAUUCAAAAUAAUAAUUCUGAAAAAAAUACUGUUUCGAGGUUUAUUAAUGAAAUGAAUAUAUAA